AGAAGAUGUUCAAGAUGAAAAUGAGUGGCUACCAUGACUGACACCCCAGUGUGCUGAACAGAGCAAGCAGUCCUGGCCUGGCAACAUACGAAUGGCCCAGGGAAGCCACCAGAUUGACAUUCAGGUUUUGCAUGACCUGCGCCAGAAGUUCCCAGAAGUCCCAGAGGGCGUUGUCUCCCAGUGUAUUCUGCAGAACAACAACAAUUUAGACGCCUGUUGUGAAUACUUAUCCCAGGUCAGUCCAGGCUACCUGUACAGUGAAGAAGGAAACCUGACCUUUCCUGACGACCCCACCUUCACCAGGCUUCAUAAUCACAUGACCCAGCUGAAUCUGGGCCUGCAAUCUCAGAAUGUGCGUGGCCCCGGUGGCAGCCGGACUCUGGCCCACAGCCUGAGUGACGGGCCCCUCCAGACACGUCAGGCCCCAAACAGUGACUUCUUCCAGCAGGAGCCCCAGUCAGCCCCAGUGCAGGUGCCCUCCGGCCUCAGUGUAUUUGGUGUGAUGGAGCCCCCACGUAAGCCGCAGCCUCCCCAGCACCUUGGACUCUACCCUCUGGGCAUCAAAGGAACGAAUAUGGGUGCCCAGCAGACGCCGCGCUUCAACCCCAUUACCGUGACGCUAGCCCCCAAUAUCCAGACAGGCCGCAACACUCCCACUUCCUUGCACAUACAUGGUGGGCCGCAGCCAGGCCUAAACAGUCCACAAGGUAACUCCAUCUACAUCAGGCCCUAUGUUAGCCAGUCAGGUACAACGCGGCAGAACCAGCAGCAGGGAAGCAGGGCCCAGUACAGCCCUACUUCCCAGCCCCAGCAGCAGAUCUACCAGAUCUCACAUCCCUCUUCCCUCUCCAGCCCCUGGUCUGGCUCUCAGCAUGCCUCUUCCUCACAUACCUCACAGCACCAGACCCAGGGCCACCAGACCUCUCAUGUCUACAUGCCAAUCAGUUCCCCCACAAAUUCCCAGGCACCCUCCUUUCUUCCCACUGGAAGCCAGGCCUCUUCCUCUGGUGUCUCCUCAUGCUCUUCUUCCUCUUCUUCCUCCUCUUCUGUCAUGCCCACCUCCCUGUCUGCCAUCAGCCAAUACAACAUCCAGAACAUCUCGACUGGCCCACGGAAGAAUCAGAUAGAGAUCAAACUUGAAUCUCCCCAGAGGAGCAACUCCACAACCACAACAGCUGUGCUGCGGACAAGUAGUGGGCCACGUUCUUCCACCACUUCCUCCUCGUGCCCUUCGUCUUCCUCUUCUUCUGCCGGGGUGGCUACUGUCCCCACCACCCCUCUGUCAAUCGGAGGCCCAGGUCUGAGCCGCAGCCAGCCCACUGUUUACAUCUCUGCCAGCCCACCUACUGCUGCUAACACUCCCUCUGAGGACGCUGUCGUGGCCCCAGCCAGCUCCCGUUCCCAGCCCAAGUUUUACAUUUCUGCCAAUGCCUCCAGCGAUGACAGUGGGGGUAGGAACCCUCCCACAGUCUAUAUCUCAGCCAACCCUCCCUUGCAGGGGCCUUCGGGGAACAGGAACAUGGGGGGUCAAGUGAGCAUGGGCCCUGCCUAUAUCCACCACCAUCCACCUAAGUCCCGUGCAUCUGUAGGAGGGGGAGGCACAGCUUCUUCUCCUCGAGUGGUGGUUACUCAGCCUAACACCAAAUACACUUUUAAAAUCACAGUGUCCCCCAAUAAGCCCCCAGCCGUGUCCCCUGGAGUUGUGUCUCCUACCUUUGAGCCCAACAACCUCCUCACCCUACCAUCAGACCACCACUUUGUGGAGCCAGACCCCCUUCAUCUCUCAGACCCGCUGUCGCCACACAGGGAGAGGGCGAGUGAGCCUCGCAGAUUCAGCAUGGGCUCUGAUGACGCCGCGUACACACAAGCGUUGUUGGUCCAUCAGAAGGCCCGCAUGGAAAGACUGUGGCACGAGCUGGAGCUGAAGAAGAAGAAGCUGGAGAAGUUAAAAGAGGAAGUCAAUGAGAUGGAGAAUGACCUCACCAGGAGACGGCUGGAGAGAUCCAACUCAGCCUCUCAAAUUCCUUCUAUUGAGGAAAUGAAGCAGUUGCGAUGCAAAAACAGGGUACUGCAGAUCGACAUUGACUGCCUCACCAAAGAAAUUGAUCUCCUUCAAACAAGAGGACCACACUUUAAUCCCAGUGCAAUCCAUAAUUUUUAUGACAACAUUGGAUUCCUUGGUCCUGUCCCGCCCAAACCCAAAGGUACUUCAUCUAUUGACAGUAAGAUGGUGAAGCCCAUUGCAGACCAGGAGGAGGAUGAGGGGACGCAGUGGAGCUGCACAGCCUGCACCUUCCUCAACCAUCCUGCCCUCCACCGCUGUGAACAGUGCGAGUUCCCACGGCACUUCUGAGCCAACUAGGCUGCGACAUGCCGCCCACUCAUCUGCCCACCAGUCUUCUACCAGACUAGAAUAGAAAAGGGCCAUAACUGUUUUUUUUCCCCCAACAUUUAUGAGAAUUGGGAUGGGGUAUAGUCACUGUGCGUCGUCUGGCAUGUUCCUUCUUUUUUUUUUUCCUGUUUGGGUUUUGUCGUUUCUCGUCUCUAAGGUUUGUAGAAUGCUGUCCACUGAAGGCUUGACUGGAUAGUGUUUACAACUCGUGUUUCUUCCUAAAGGCCAGCAGAGUUGGAUGAUACCUCACCUUAGAGACGCUGAUUGUCUGGGGUCAGCUCCCCUCCUUUCUGCUUGACGGGUGACACUUUACCCCUGGGGAUACCUCGCUGCUCCCACUUACAGUAUUACGAGUGUGGCCCUGCAGUGUGACGGUGCACAUACACACACAUACACACAAUACAGGUGCCAGUGUGCCUUUGCUGAAUUAAUAUUUUUGUUUUUCUUCCUCUGUGGUGGCAUGACCAGGGAUUGGGAUCUGUGUUCAGCCACUGCUCUCCAUCUGAAGGGAAAACUAACAGACUACUUGUGGACUUUAAAGUUUGUUUGCUGUUUCUAGAGGAUGUCAAAAGGGAAACUGGCAGUGUUGCUGCCACUCAAGUGUGCCUCUUGUCCUCCUCCUUCAGUCCUUUUUCUGGCUCUUCAAUCAUGAGUUAAUGAAAAAAAGAAACUACGUUGCAUGCUUUGUGUACAGUACAUGGAGGCAGAAAAUGCCCUUGAGCUUUUUACUGUACAUAAUUUUAGAAUGUGCCUUACAAGCCUUCUUCCUCACACUAUGAAUCACUUGUAUUUCCUGUCAGUAUAGCUUUAUAGACUUCAACUUUUUUUGUUUUGUUUUGUUUCCCUCUUUCCACCAAAUAAGCACGAUGCUCCCUUUUUAAGCUUUUUACUUGAUACCUGUGAGAGUUGAAGCCUUGCAGAAGGAGAGGAGCAGAGUAGUAAAAACCCUUGCAGUCAUCAUGAAGCUACGUCUGUCAGGUCUGUUCAUCGCUUGUGUAAUUGCUGAGUUUCCUGUGUACGAUCUGCAGAUGCAGCAUAGAGGAAGGCAAUGGAGUUCUUUUUUUCCAGGACACCAAAUAUUUGUGGGUCUGUCGGGGGAGGGAAGGGGUCAAAAAGCAAAAUUACAGACUGUCAUAUUAUCUGACAACUGGAAUGUAGGUUUAAUGUUUGGGGACAAAUACACCUCAGUGCAAAGAGACACUAAUUUUCCAGUACAAUCACGAUGUUACUGCAGAUUGAUAUCAAAGUGCUCCUGGAACAGCUGAUUGGGUAAAUGUUACCAUGUUAUGUUCAUCUGAAUUGGAUUUCUGUCAUGUAUCAUGGAUCAAAAUGAAUAUUUCUCUUUAAACUGUUGCUAUAAUGUCAAAAUAAUCAUAUGGGUCCCAUGCCUUGUAUACAGUAGAUCUGUUUUAACUUCUUGUAAGCAGAUAAGGCACAAACAAAUGUUUCUAAACUAAGCACAACAUGGCUGCCCACUUUGUAUACUUUAGUUUUAUUUGGCUCAAUUCACCCUUCUAAACUUUUAUAGAUGAGGGUGUUUCGAAAGUUUACUUAUUGUGCUUAACUUGCCUUGGAACUGUGGCAUAGUUUUUUCCAUGUUUGUGAAAUGCUGCCUUACGUUAGUGCCUUUAGAAUUUGUAUCGAUCAUCUGCAGUGAGUAUAGAAAGUUUUCAGACCCUUUCAAGCUUUCCACAUUUUGUUACGACUCAUCUUAAAAUUGAUUCAAUUAAUUUUUUCUGAUUAAUUUAUACACAGUACACCACAAUGAUAAAUUGAAAACUGUUUUUUUGAGUGUUUUGAAAAUGUAUUAAAAAUAAAAGACUGAAACAUCCUGUUUAUGUAAACAAAUAGGGGGGUGUUUGUGCACAGGCAUUUUCAGGUCUCUCCAGAGGUGCUUGCUUGGGUUCAGGUCCAGACUGGCUGAGCUGGUCCAGGACUUUACAGAGAGAGUGGCUUUCCUGAAGCCACUCUGUGUUUUCUUGGCUGUAUGCUUCAGGUCGUUGUCUUGCUGAAAUGUAAACCUUAUAUAAGGAGAGCACUCUGGAGGUUUUCAUUCAGGAUUGCUGUGUAUUUUUCUGCAUCCAUCCUUCCCUCUGUCUAGUCUUAGUUCCAGUCACAGAAAAACAUCCCUACAGCCUGAUGCUGCCACCACUAUGUUUGACUGGAGGGAUGGUAUUAGUGUGGUGAUGCUCAGUGUCUGGUUAUCUCCACACACACCAUUGGAACUGUGGCCAAGUCUUUCAGUCUUUGUUUCAUCAGACCAGAGGAUUUUGCUCCUCAUGGUCUGAGAGUCAUUCAGGUGCCUCUGGCAAACUCCCAGCAGGCUGUUGUGUGCCUUUUAGUGAGGAAUGGCUUCUGUCUGGCUGCUCGACCAUGGAGGCUUCACUGGAACUCUGAGUCUCAUUCAUAGUGACCCUUGGGUUCUUGGUUACCAGUCUGACCAAAGCCCUUCAUCCCCGAUUACUGCGUUUGGCUGGGUGGCCAGAUCUAUGAAGACUGCUGGUCAUUCCAGAUCUCUUCCAUUUGAGAAUGAUGGAGGCUGCCAUGCUCUUGGGCUCUUUCAGCGCUGCAGACGUUUUCUUGUAUCCUUCCCCUUAGCACAGUUCUCCCCACAUCAUGGCUUUGUUUUCACUCUGACAUACUGUACAUCAUUAACUAUGAGACCUCAUAUAGACAGGUGUGUGCCUUUCCUAGUUCUAUGCAAUGUAUUAAAUUAGGCCCAGGUGGACUCUGAUCAACCUGUAGAAGCAUCUCAUGGACCACUGAUAGGAGCAGGAUGCACCAGAGCUCAGCUGCAAGUGUCAAAACAAAGGGUCUGAAUACUUAUGCAAAUGCGAUAUUUCAGUCUUUUCUUUUUAAUAAAUUUACAA